AUGACAGAAAAGAAGGUGCUGGAGUCCCCUAAGCCCUCCCCAGCAGAGACUCGGCAAAGUGGGCUACAGCGGCUGAAGCAGUUAUUCAGAAAGGAGUCUGCCGAGACCAAGGAGAUGGAGCUUCCCCCAGAGCCCCAGGCUAAUGGGGAGGCCGUGGGAGCUGGGGGUGGGCCCAUCUACUACAUCUAUGAGGAAGAGGAGGAAGAAGAGGAGGAGGAGGAGGAGCCACCCCCAGAACCUCCUAAGCUUGUCAAUGAUAAGCCCCACAAAUUCAAAGAUCAUUUCUUCAAGAAGCCCAAAUUCUGUGAUGUCUGUGCCCGGAUGAUUGUGCUCAACAACAAAUUUGGGCUUCGCUGCAAGAACUGCAAAACCAACAUCCACGAACACUGUCAGUCCUAUGUGGAGAUGCAGAGAUGCUUCGGCAAGAUUCCCCCGGGUUUUCAUCGGGCCUACAGCUCCCCACUCUACAGCAACCAGCAGUACGCUAGUGUCUCUGCUGCAAAUCGUAAUGACCCUGUGUUUGAAACACUGCGCACUGGGGUGAUCAUGGCAAACAAAGAACGGAAGAAAGGACAGGCAGAUAAGAAAAAUCCUCUAGCAGCCAUGAUGGAAGAGGAGCCAGAGUCGGCCAGACCAGAGGGAGGCAAAGCCCAGAAUGGAAACCCUGAAGGGGAUAAGAAGGCUGAAAAGAAGACGCCUGAUGACAAACACAAGCAGCCUGGCUUCCAGCAGUCUCAUUACUUUGUGGCUCUCUAUCGGUUCAAAGCCCAGGAGAAAGACGACCUGGAUUUCCCGCCUGGAGAGAAGAUCACAGUCAUUGAUGACUCCAAUGAGGAGUGGUGGCGGGGGAAAAUAGGGGAAAAAGUCGGAUUUUUCCCUCCAAACUUCAUCAUUCGAGUCCGGUCUGGAGAACGUGUUCACCGGGUAACAAGAUCCUUCGUGGGGAAUCGCGAAAUAGGACAGAUCACCCUCAAGAAGGACCAGAUUGUGGUGCAGAAAGGAGAUGAAGCUGGCGGCUACGUCAAGGUCUACACCGGCCGCAAGGUGGGGCUGUUCCCCACCGACUUCCUGGAGGAGAUUUAG